UUUAAGUUUUUCCGAAAUUACUGGAUAUAUUGAAGAAUACUCGCCACAUUUUAGUGUUAUAAAAUAUACUUUAUAAUCAUGAAUGAAACAGUGAUGGUGUCAAAUAAUACUUGGCAAUGGUACCGGGAGGCUAUCCGCUCCUGGCUUGAGGAUCCUGGCGUGGAGGAAUACCUGGGUCUGGACAUGACUGCUCUGAAAAUGGAUCAGGCUUAUAUGAUGGCGGAUUCGGAGGUUGAAGUGGGGGUGUAUAGCGUUUCGGAUAACUGCUUUCGGUGUCCCUUCGAGCUGCAGAAGACUAUAAAAGCUGGUACAGAAGAGUCGUGGGUGGUGGACACAGCGCACCGGUCCUCAUGGCGGGUGUACCACUCCUCGGAACAGUACAUCUCAGCUACCAACACAACAGGUCUGGUGUGCCAGGCGAGACCGGACCUUGGCCAGUUCGGGGUCUACCGCCUAAAUGCGACAGAUGACGCCUGCAGCGUCAGGACCCUCAGGGAACCCGUCGACAUUUAUAUGCCUCUCCUGAUCCUCCUCGGUGUACUUCUCGGAAUAUGGGUGGUCUACGGCGUGGUCCGCUUCAUCAUGUCCAAGGUCUGGAAGACCGGGAAGCUUCGGUACGGAGACAAGGAGCUGGCCAUCCAGCAGCGGCUGCGGGCGCUCGACACCUUCCGAGGCAUAGCCAUAGUGUUCAUGAUCUUCGUGAACGAUGGCGCCGGCGGCUACUGGUGGCUUGAACACGCUACGUGGAACGGUCUGGCGGUAGGAGAUCUGAUCUUCCCUUCAUUCCUGUGGAUCAUGGGGGUGUGCAUACCUCUGUCCGUCAAAGGAGCUUUUGCCAAGGGAGUACCAAGGUGGAAGAUCUUCAUGCAUAUUUUCAGGCGCUCCUGCAUCAUGUUUCUGCUCGGCGUCGCUCUGAACACAAUCUCAGGCCGCAACACUUUAAGCGAGAUCCGCAUCUUUGGCGUCCUCCAACGCCUCGCCGUGGCGUAUUUCGUGGCGGCUGGCUUCUACGCGCUCACGGCGCCCAAGUACUUCACACCACCCAGGGUACAUGAGGGAGCUUGCGGACAAGCUUUGAAGGACGUCCUCUCGUGUAUGUGGUGCUGGGCUUUAGCUGGUGCCCUCGUAGCAGUUCACACUGUGAUCACCUUCGUAGUUCACGAGCCCGGCUGUCCAGCAGGCUACCUCGGCCCCGGCGGCAAGCAUGACGACUGGGCGGCGCCGGAGUGCAGCGGCGGCGCGGCGGGCCACGUCGACCGCCUGCUGCUGGGCACCGACCAUCUGUUCCAGUGGACUGAACGGCGUCAGGUCUACGGAGGACCACAUACUGACCCCGAGGGUUUACUCGGUUGCCUAACAUCAGCUGUACAAGCGCUACUGGGUGUGCAAGCAGGAGCGACAGUAUUGCUGCAACGCUCACACAAAGCACGAGUGUCUCGCUGGCUAGCGUGGGGAUUAGUUUUCGCUCUAGCUGGUGCCUUGCUGGCUGGCUUCAGUAAGGAGCAUGGAGUGGUGCCAAUCAAUAAAAACCUGUGGUCUAUCUCCUUCGUCUUUGUGUCGACAUCGUUCUGCCUCGUCCUGCUCGUCCUCUGCUACCUGUUCACGGACGCCUGGCGCCUGUGGGGCGGCGGGCCGUUCCGAGCCCCCGGCCUCAACGCCAUAGCCUUGUACGUGGGCCAUAUGGUGUGUUACAACAUGUUCCCGUUUCACUGGAAGGUGGCCAACAUGGAGACGCAUACGAUAAAUUUGAUAGAAGCUGUUUGGGGGACCGCGCUUUGGGUUGUUAUAGCGCAUGUUAUGGCAAAGAAGAAGGUUUUUAUAACUCUUUGAAUUGCUAACUCAUUGCAAUGAAAGUAGAAACGAGUUUGUAUGAGAACAGUGUAACAUUUUUCUUAACCAUUUGGAUGUUAAGAUCCAUCCACAUCCAUACUAACAUUAUAAAUGCGAAAGUCUGUCUGUCCGUGUGUUUGUUACUCUUCACGCUUAAACCGCUGAACCGAUUUAGUUGAAAUUUGGUAUAAAGAUAGUUUGAGUCCCGGAGAAGGACAUAGGAUAGUUUUUAUCCCGAAAAUCAUACCUUAAGAGGGUCAAAAGCGGGGUGGAAUUGAGAUAAUUAAUUAAUUGCCUGAUAAUUUGUGUAAGCAAUUAAGCAUAUGCUCAAAUUGAAUGAUUGCUAUUACACUUUAUCCAGGCGCUAUUCUUACUAGAGCUGCUAUUACUAAGUCCACACAGACGAAGUCGCGGGCAAAAGCUAGUUCCAUAUAUGCCCAUUGGAGAAAAAUUAGCUAUUACUCAUUAUAAGAGUAAAGAGAACAUUGAAAACCAUUGUGAGUUGUAUUCAUAGCGCCAAGGAUGCUUAUAAGCGAUAGCGCUACCAACUUGUCAAAGCAGAAAACCAUUGUGAGUUGUAUCCAUAGCGCCAAGAACGCUUAAUAAGCGAUAGCGCUACCAACUUGUCAAAGCAGAAAACCAUUGUGAGUUGUAUCCAUAGCGCCAAGAACGCUUAAUAAGCGAUAGUGCUACCAACUUGUCAAAACAGAAAACCAUUGUGAGUUGUAUUGUAUCCCGUAUCCAUAGCCCCAAGAACGCUUAGCGAUAGCGCUACCAACUUGUCAAAGCAGAAUUCAUGAUUUCAAUAAGUUAAAUAUGCUAUCUUUUGUACCAAUCAUGUUGGAAGCAUGCAUAUACCAUGCAUAUGCAUGCACCUUGUAUGCAUAUGACAAAUUGUUCAAAAUGUAUUCAGUACCGGUUUGAUUGUACUUUAAAGUAAAUUUAUAAGGUAAGUAUGAAACCGACUUAAUAACUUCAUUUGUGUUGUCAGAUGAAAACAAAUCUCUUACUUUGCUCCAUUGAGUUAUUAUUACUAUAGAGAAGCCAUACCAAACAAUGGAAUGGGUUUGGCAACUGUCAAAGGUUUGCUUAGAUGGCGCCAUCAUAGAUUGUCCCUUUUUAACACGCUUUUAUUAGGUCGACAUGUAUGUAACUAACUACCCUAGCAGCAUUUAUACGUCAUUAUGAUGUCAGCGACGUCAUUAUGACGCCAUAAUUACGUCAUUAUGACGUCGCUUACGUCACUUUACUACCUGGGUAUGUAAUGGAAUCUAAGGUAGCAAAUUUAACCAUCUUCUCGGUUUCCGAUGAAGCUGAAAAUUUGCAUACAUAUACAUAUUGUCGGGUGACUAUGCAAUAUUAUGGUACCAUCGAGCUGAUCCGAUGAUGAAAACAGGAGGUGGUCAUAGGAACUCUGUGAUAAAACAACGCAACCUAAUUGUGUUUGGGGUUGUUAGAAUUGUCUCGAUGAAGAUUAGUUGCAUGUGGAAAAAAAAAUACAGUCCGCGAUGAAAUUUUUGCCAAAAACUUAUUCUAUGAGAUUUGGCUUAAAGGGCAUAAAAUUCUAUUAAAAACAAAAAUUUUACAUAAUUCUAGGGAUUGACAGGGCAAGCUAUGCUGGCGCUAUCUGCUAAAUACUUCGAUCGGCCAACCCCAUUGUUGCAAUCGCAACCUGUACCACGCGACCAAAACGUCGUAAGUUUAGGUCGCGAGAUUCACGCUCCGCUUCUAUGUUUUGUUGUCAAAACAUCAUCAACUCAUGGCACAAAAUACCGGUUCUAUACUUAGUAAUAAUAGUCCAAUGUUGCUCCAAUGGUGCUAAUAAUGAUGAUAAUGGUGGUGGUGAGAUGAGAUUGGUUAGAUUUGCGGAUUAACUUGGCCAAGUAUGUAAUUAAGUUAUUGAAAUGAGCCUUCAUAGAGGAAUCGUUUUCUUUUGCCCAGUUAUAUUCUGUUUUUUUAUUUAUUCCGUAGACUAAAAUGACAUUUCAUGUGGUACUAAGAAAUGUCAUGUCUUACACGUGAACGUCAUUUUAGUCUACGGAAUAAAAAAACAGACCUUAGCUUAACGUAGUUUUAAAGACUGAUUAUUAGGUUUAACUGAACUUGUAUCUUAAUUAUAGUUGAAAUAAAAACAUUUUACAA